AUGAAACAAGCAAAAGGUCUGAUUCUUCCAAUUAGGUCCUGUCACUCUCUUUCCGUGGAUCCCACUUUGCUUCUACUGCGACAAUCGCCCAAUGUACAUGUUGCAGGUUGCUUCUCUCGACAGUUUGUGAGAUCGUUUCAGAGUAUGAUCAUUCGGUCGUGCGCUCCCCUGAUUUCUUUCAUUUACACAUUCCGUUGGGCUUCCGGUGCUGCCGCUUGGACGAAUACAGCUCAAGUUUCUUCUACGCUCGCAAUGUCGUCAACAUCCUCUCCGAUUCGUCUCACGGAAAACGACAAUCUUCCCGACUUGCCACCAGUGUCAUCGACCGCCAAACGUAUCUUUUGGGUGCGUCACGGGGAAGUUGUCAACCCUGGAGGCGAUCGUCCCGUGUACUACGGAGCCAUGGACGUGCCCCUUUCGGAACUUGGACAAGCCGAAGCCCGCGCAGCUGGUAAAUAUCUCAAAGAGAAUACCCGACUUUCCCACGUCUUUAGCAGUCCCUUAUCUCGCGCCAUUUACGGAGCUGAACAAGUUGCAUUGGCGCAAAGUGACGGAAGCAAAGAAGGCUUAGAAUCCGUCAAAGUUUUGGACGGAUUCAAGGAACUGGAUCGCGGUGAUUGGUGUGGAAAAACCAAGGAAGAAAUUGGUGACGAUUUCAUGCGCCGAUUCGACGCCUGCGACGAAUUGGUGACACCAGAUAAUGGAGAAUCCUACAACGCACUCAAAGCCCGCGUCCUUAAAGCUCGAGAUGCUGUACUGCAAGCCCUGCAACCCGGAACGUCCGCCUGUGUGGUGAGUCACUUGCAAGUCACACGCUGUGUGCUGUCCGACGCGCUCGGUAUUCCGACGGACAAAAUGGUCAAUCUAAAAAUUGCGACCGCAUCCCUUACGUGUAUCGAUUACGAGACAUCAAUGGGCGAUGACCGCGGCAAUGAGGAUGGUGCCGGAAUCACUCAGCAAGUUCAAUAUCAAUCCUUCAAGCCUCAAGCUGGCUUGGCAACGGCCAGAGAUGGUGCCAACUAG